AUGGCCGACGGUGUAUAUACUCUCCAAGAGGUGGCGAAGCAUACCAGCAGGACAGACCUUUGGGUUACCCUGUGGAAUCACGUCUACAAUGUAACAGACUACCAAGAAGACCACCCUGGUGGCAAGGAGUUUCUGCUCGAGAAUGCUGGCACAGAUGCGACCACUGCAUACGAAGAUAUUGGCCAUUCAACCGACGCCAGAGAAAUUCUCGAAAACUUCCGCAUUGGACGAAUUGCAGACGAAGACUGGACCGACCAUGAAGCCGCGAAGAUGCCCACGAUCAAGCCAAGUAGAGUUCAUGUGGUGAACAACCUGCCUGCGCCGACGUCGUAUCGCUUCCAUCUUUCAGCUCUCGGCUUUGGUCUAGCAUCUGUUGUGCUUUCCAUUGUAGCUGGUCGAAGAUUCUCACCGCUCUUGCACCGUUUCCAAAGCGCUGGGUUCUGGAAGGGUUUCGCCGUCUCUUCCCUCGCCAGUAUGGCUUUGGCAGGAUAUGCCAGUCUGUGGGCAACGAAAAGUUUCGAUGUUGCACACAAGGACUUCCAAUCUUAUCCAGCGCAUUUCAAAGCCAAAUCUACUUCAUCGAAACCAUCAAAGAAGAAGGACAUCAAUCUCGGUGUUCUCAACGCCCGUGUCUACCAGCCUUUCCCAUUGAUCGACAAGUUCAACAUUUCCCACGACACCAUCCGCUUCGUCUUUGGACUCCCCCAUGAAAACUCCGUGCUUGGUUUACCAACUGGCCAGCACAUCGCAAUCAGGCACGAAGUAGAUGGAAAGCAACUUGCACGAUCCUACACGCCAACAUCCAGCAACAAGGACACAGGCCGCCUGGAAUUGACCGUCAAGAUCUACGAGGGCGGCAAGCUGACACCCUGGUUGAGCAAAUUGAACAUUGGCGACACCGUUGAGAUCCGAGGACCAAAGGGCGAGAUGAAGUACCACAAGAACCUAGUCAAAGAGCUUGGAAUGAUCGCAGGUGGCACUGGUAUCACACCUAUGUUCCAACUCAUCCGCCGUAUCUGUGAAGACCCUCGCGACGACACUAAGACGACUUUGCUAUAUGCCAACAAGACUGAAGAGGACAUCCUGCUGAAGGACGAACUGGACAAGUUUGCUGAGAAGUACGACCAGUUCCACGUUCACUACGUCUUGAGCAACCCAUCGCAGAGCUGGAAAGGCGAGAAGGGUCGUAUCAGCAAGAAGAUGAUUGAGGAGCGUCUCCCUGCACCAGCUGGUAGGGAUACCAAGGUUCUUGUUUGCGGGCCGGACCCUAUGAUGGAUUCUAUGGUGAACUACCUACAGGAACGUGGCUUCAAGCCACCUGGCAAAAUCUCGAAGCCUCAGGAUGAGAUCUUCACUUUCCAGUGA